CAACAACUACACAGUUCAAACGAUAACUCCCAACCGAGUGCUUUGAAGGUGCCUUGGAAACACUUUGCGGAACAAACUUUGUCAGUUUGCUUUCAAUUAGAAGAGAGCUUUUCUCGUGCUCCUUUUCCAAGGUUUCUAGAGGCUUUGAUGUAUAAUAUAAUUUUGAACGCUUACCGACAAAAUGGUAAAGAUACGGACGCUCUUCAGAUAGCUGAAAGGACGGUAAAGAAUUUUGAUAUCGUAGGAGCUAUUGAUUAUCUUCUCGAACAAUUUCAGAAACGAUAUUUAUUUUUGAUGAUAGACGAACUUAGCCACCUAAGUGACCUCAGCAAAUACUAUAGUGAACUUACCAUGAAACAGUUCGUCGAGUCCCAUCCAGGUUAUAUCCCGUAUCGCAAAUUUUUUCGAAUUGUAUAUGAGUUGCUUGAUACAGGAAAAGUUAUCUUGUAUCUUGCUGGGCGAACAGCUGAAAUCUCAGUCCCCUUGUCUGAUACUAGCUCCAGUAGAGUGAGUCUCCAUAUGUUGCGGUUGAAUCCCUUUAACCUCCAUGAUAUUAACGAAUAUAUUGAGCUGGCAACUUAUGAUGGAAAGUCCUUGAAGGACUGGUUAUUGCCCUCAGAUGAUUUACGACAUCGAUUCGUAGAAUUGUUGAAAAAGAAGACAGGAGGUAUUCCGUUGAUUGUAAGGAAUACUUUACUAGCCCUAGUAGGGAAACUUGCAAACUUAUCUCAACCUGUUAUCAACGAUGAAAAUAUGGAACCCUUAUUAGAUAGAAUCUUUCACUUGGUACUACUAGAGUCGGUAACUUUUAUUAUUCCGGAGAUACCUGAUUCCGCACCCCUUCUUCGAUAUCAAUAUUGUCCUUUCGAAUUAUCUGCUCGGAACAAUUUUUCCAAUCGGAUUUGCAAUUACUAUAUGUGGAACGAGAACUUAUUUGAUGGACUUGGUUGCAACUUUUGGGUUUUACUCUGAAAUUUGUGAAACUGACGGGAUUGACUUGGGCACUAAGUUCAAGAUUGGUUGUUGUGAAUUUAUAUUGAGAGCUCAUAGCAACUAUAACUUUUUCCGUGAGGCUACUGAACUUUUUCCUUUAUCUCCGUUUAGUUAUAUUCCGG